UGAGUAUGUGCACAUGAGAGAGUGUGACACAAUACUAGUCUUGGUUAUCACAAGCUAGCUCUGUAUGUGUUCUUUCUUACAGUCCUCUCCUGUCCUCACAGAUGUAAAUGUGGCACAGUUGCAGUCAGUAAUGAGUUUAAUCCACAAGCCUCAUUGAUCGCUCAGUCGUUUGAGUGAAAGGUCCAACCAAAGUUCAGCAGACGCAGGUCGAUGGGAAACAGUAGUUUUGCGGUGUGUACUCAUCGCCCACAGCAUGGAGGAUGAGAUUUGGAGGUUCUGUCUGAAUGCUUGAGACUGAAGCUAUCAGAAGCUGGCUUCACAUCUGAAAACAAAAAGGCUCCCUGUACCCUAGCAGCACCCUAAAGACUAGCUGUACAGAGUGUGAAUAGCAGAGCGGUGAGGGAGCGAGGAGGGGUCACAUCACUGUGGGGCCUCCAUAUUUUAUUUUCCCCAAGAGCUGCCGGAGAACCCAUAGACACAUGCUACAGAAUUCCCCCGCAGCCCAAAAGAGAAAGAGGGAGGGACGGAGGGGGGGAAACAAGGAGACUUGGUGAAUUCUGAAAGAGGAGUCCUGAUGUUUUACACGUGAACAAGAUGAAACAAGAGGAAGUUGAGAAAUAAAGCCAACAAUAAAAGGGAAAAAAAAGGCUGAGGAUGUCACUGCCAGCCAUGUUCAACGUGCAGUUAAAACACUCACUACAAAACAUGACCCAUGACCACAGUCUUGGUGGACUACUGUAAUGGUCUCCUCACCAGCCUUCCCAAGAAGACCAUUAGACCACUACAGCUCAUCCAGAACGCUGCUGCCAGGAUUCUGACUAGAAGCAGAAAAUCUGAGCGUAUCACACCAGUCUUCAGUAACAAAGCCAUCUCUUGACAAUAAAUGUCAGUGAAGCAGCUCCCACCCCAGCCAUAGAAAGCAUGACAUCGGGAGGGAAGAGACUAAAAGAAAGAGACAGAAUGACCCAGCAUGGACCUGGCACUCAUGUUUGUAAGGGCACAGAGCAUUUCACCUUGAAAAAAACUGGACUGGAACGGUGGGUUACUUCAGAAGAGCACGAUUCUGGAAGUCCCUACUGAAGAUUAAAAGCCAUAUUCUCUCUGGCAUCUCAGUUUCCUCCAUCAUGUCAGAGAUUCGACCAACGCCUGCACAAACUGAGGUGCCUUCAGAGUCUCCAGAAGUGGAGUGUCCAGUUUGCUAUCAGGAGUACGACCAGGACUCCAAACUCCCACGCAUGCUAGAAUGCCUUCACGUCUUCUGCACGGAAUGUCUCCGCAAAAUCCAGCUCACUCCUAUGCACCCGCCUGACCCCAACAGCGCCCCCUCAAUCUCCUGUCCCCUGUGCCGCCACUCCACCCCGCUACAGGGUGGCGAUGCAUACUCUCUCCCCUGCAACUCGCGGAUUCUUGCCCAGUUGCCUCCCGUAGCCUUCCGUCUGCCUGCGUCUGUGUCUGCCCGGCUGGCCACGGUGACCCAGCGCUUGGUGUUAUCUCUGGGGGAGAGGGAUACCCGAUUCAUAAUCCUGCCCACUGUUAGUCUGAGGGUGGAGCAGAUGGGAGAAGGCACAGAAAUGGUAAACCCACCUAGGGUGCUGCAUCGAGAGAUUGAGGUUCUGAGGAGACACAAGAAGACCCUGAUGUGCGUUCAGGUUCUGGCUGUCAUCUUCUGGAUAAUGUUCGUGCUGACUUGUGUGAUUGGGGUUGUGUUUGGGCCAAGCCUCUUUCAUAAUUGAGAGAUUAAGGACAUGGGUGUAUCUACAUUAAUAUAUUUAUCCUGUCCCUGCAUUUUUUAAAUGACAUCAUUUAGAUCAUUAUAAAUAGAUCAUUUUGAUUACAUGUAAAAUUUACAGUUGCCCUGGAAUUUGGACACUUAAAAUGAAUUAAAGUCAUUGCAAAACAUUUUAUGGUAGGCAUAUACAAGGUUUAGGUUAUAAAUUAUACAAUAAUAUAUGGUUAAAAGUAAAGACAAAAAGUAUUGUGGAACCUGGUUGACAAAUGUUA